GUUACAUAUAAAUAAAAAUAAAUUUUUACAGUACUUUAUUGUUACAAUGUUUAGUCAAUAUUAUGACGUUCCCACGAUAACAUUAAACGGAAUUAGUUGCGAAAUUAUAUUCGUAUUAUCAUCGUCUGUUAGAAUCGCAGAAAAAUUUUUAACAAUGGAAAUAUCACCGGAAAACAUUUGUUCUUUUGAAACAGAUCUGUCCAAGAACGCCCUCUGAAGGGACAACAUUUGAUAUUUCGAAUACGCAACCGGAUGAAAAUGAAACAAUUGAAAAAUCUUAAUGGUUAUCUGUUUUUUUAGCAAAUCUUAUAACAUUUUUAAAUGGCUUCGAGUAUACUUAAUCAUAAUAUUUCUAGAAAUAUAAUGAAACGUUAUUAAAUAAUUUUUAUACAAGAAAUUUCGUUGAAACUGUAAAACCGGAUACCAUCUUUCCAUUCAGAAUAAUACCAUUUCUUACCGCUUGAAAAUUUUACAUUGAAAAUAUUUUCGUUUGAAAUACAAACGUUAUAAAUGUACAAACAAUAUCUUAUUAUACGAGGUCACCCUAGAGUGAUUGAUACCUAUUGCUACUUAAUGUGUGUAUUUGGUUGUUUGAUAUGAAUUGUUUUGUAGUUUUUCGAAGUUAUAAACAAGAAGAUGAAUCGUUUUGCAAAAAAUUACUUAAGAAUGGUGUGAUGUCUUUGAUAAAUCCAACUUACAACGAAAUUUUAGUAAGAGGAAUUACUUUUGAAAUACCAAUUUUUAUGAUUGUAAUUAUAUUGAUUUUAUUUGGAGUUCCUCUUAUUCAUUCACUUUUGGUUAUGCCUAUUGUGGCAAGUAUAAUAUACAUUACGCUAUAUGCAAAGUUUUUGAAUAAAGCCAAUGAAAUUCAAAAAGAAGUUUCUAAUAUUCCACGGUAUUGCAUUCUUUGGAUUUACAUGUCAAAUAAUUCUUCAUGCUUUUGGGUAGCAGAAGUAUAUGAAAAAAGUUCACUGAAUUAUUCUCAACAAGAUCAAGAAUAUAUACUCAUGACAGAAGAAGAAUUUAAUUAUUCUGAUAUUGAUAUAUCUUCAUAUAUUAAAAAAAUUGUAGGUACUAUUGCAUUGUGUAAAAACAAUAGAAUACCAAAUGGUGCUUGGAUAAAAAGAUUAUAUGUUCAUAAAGACUAUAGAAAAAAAAGCAUAGGAUCUUUUCUAUUAAAUGUAGCUCUGGAGUUCAGCAUUAUGCAAGGAUAUAAUCGUGUUAAUAUAGUUAUUUCAGAAUAUAGAAAAGAUGCUAAGAAGUUAUGUAUUAGAAAAGGUUUCGAAUUAUAUUUGUGUUAUAAAAAACCUGUUUUUAGAUCGUUAAUAACAAUGUUAGUAUACGAAUUAACUUAUCAAAUUAAUUAUUAUAUUAAUGAGAAUUUUAUGGCUAUAGAUCCAUAUUAUGCGUACUAUAUUUUAAAUUCUUGAUUUCUCUUGAGCACAUUCUUAAAUGUUUAAAUUAGAUAUAUAAACGAUAUUUUACGAUAUAUUUUUUAUGAUAUAUUUUAUAAUUUUUUGUAAAAUAAAUAAGACAGCAGAGGUAUUACAAACUUAUAAUCCUCUUUUUUACUUCGUAA